AUGGAAAGAUUGAAGAAUAGUUGCCGAUUUAUUCAUCGCGAAUAUCGGAAAACAAUUGAAUGGAGAUCGCCUUUGACUGGAUUGUAUUUGAUGGCUGUCAAUUCGGCUUUUUGGUGAGAUUUUUUGAGAUGCAUAGUGGUUCAAACAAAAUAAGAAGGGCCUUAUUUUUCUCCAAAACAAUGUUCUUAAUUUUUUUCUGAAAAAUCUUCUAUAUUAAAAAUUCUAGAGGAUUUUCUAUCCAGGUUCAAAGUUUUUUCUAAAAAAAAAGAAUAGUUUUACUCGAAAAUUUUAAUUUGUUUGUAAUUAGAAAAAAGUUUCCAAAAACCAGGAAAUUUCUAGAAUUUUCCUACAGAUAACAAUUUCAAAAAUCCCAAAUUCUUCAAUUUUUUUUCUCGUAAAAUUUUAUAAAAUUUUGGAAUUUUUCAGUUUUUCCUGUAGAUAGGCAGCCCAAGAAAUUUGAGCUUCAAAAUUGAAUUAUAAGUUGCCACAACUUAUAGUUUUUGAUUAAUUUUUGAAAUUUACAAAAGUUUUCCUUAUCCGAGUUUUUUCAGAGAUCUUAGAAGAUUUUCUGAAAAAUCAAAAUUAUUCCAGGGUUGGUGUGAUCUACUGCGAUCCCCGAAUCCAAGAAGCAAUUUUGGCAACAUCUUCUGCUUGUAUAUUUGCCUGGGAUAUUCUUCUCUCAUCAUCAAAUGAUCGAUCAAUUAUAACUCAUUUAUUCAUGUGGCCAUUCCAAUCAAUAUUUCGGGUAAGUACAAUUUUUUUUCAAUUUGCAUUAAAUAUCAAAUUCAUGAAUUUCAGACGUUUUCUGUUGGCGGAAGUCUAUACAGCAUUCAUUUAUUGAGAGCCGAUGAAAUUCGACUAGCUUGUUAUGCAGCUUAUGCAACUUGUGGGUUUUUUUAUGAAAAAAAAUGUAGAAUUCCAAUUUUUCAGUGGCUUGUCUCCUUGUAAAUCCAGUUUGGGAAUAUAAUGAAGUGAAUCAGAAAAUUGGGAAUACUUGUGAACGGACUGCAAAUCAUAUUGGACAAUGGGUUUAUGUGAGUUUUUCGAAAAGUUUGAUAUUAUUAAAAAAUAUUUAGCUACGAGGUCAAAUUGCUAAAAAAUCGAUGUAUUUUUUUUUGAAAAAAUUCACUGUUUUAAAAUUUAUAUAAAAUAAAAUUCACCAUUUUCCAAUAUUUUAAUAACUUAAAAGUAAAGAUCUUUUGCAAAAUUCGUGAAAUAUUGCUUUUUUUGAAAAAAGAAAAAAUUACUGUUUCAAUAUUUUUAAUUUAAAAAUUUUUAUAUUUGAAAAUUCGAGAUUGUUGAAUGUUAACAGAAUUACCGCAGCAAAAACAUCACCGAAAUUCAUAAAUAUUGCUGGGAUUUUCAGAGCUUUAAACUAAGCAUCUAUAAAUAUUGAAAAUCAACCUUGAGCUGAAUUCUGACCUUUCUCACUGUAUAAAACUCUAAAUGUUUCCAGUAUCUCAUCAUCAACCCAAUCAUCACAGUUUACGAAUAUACAAAAUAUAUUGUAUUAUUUCGAUGGGUUCCUCGUAAGUUUUCCCCUUUUUCCUCUGUCCCCCCAAUAAUCUCAAUUUUUCCAGCUCUUUUCGCAUAUCUCAAACACUUUGUCUUCAAUUUCCGCGAAUCUUGCCGUGAACUUGCCACAAAUUGUCGAAAUUGGAUACAGAGAGCCAUAGUUGAGAGGACUAAAUAUUGCUAUAAACAAAUCAAGGAGUUUUUGAGAUAUUGGUUUUGUGCUCAUUGGUGGCCGGGGCUCAAAAAAUGGACAAAAAUUAAUGUGAGUAGAAAAAUGAUGUGUUCCUUUUUCCGAAAUGAGAUAACCCAAAUAAAAACAACCGGUUUUUCGGAUAUUUACCUCUCCCCUCUCUCUCUCCUCUUUUAUUCUUCAUUAUUAUUUUUUUUUGCAGAUUGGUCAACCACUUUUGUAUGCUUUCGAUUAUGUUUGUGGAGUUUUGGUGUAUAUUUUCUGCUGUCAUUGGGUUCCACCAAUUUGGCGAUUCUUUGUGAGACAAAUGAAGAAAUUGGGCGCAGUUUUGCAUUAUUAUAUUGUUGAACCGAUUAAAAUGUGAGUGUUUUUUGGGAGGAUUUGGGGUAAAUUCCUGAGAACCUAGAAAUUUCGAUUCGCACGAACUCUAGGUGAUUUUUUGGCCAGAAAAUUAAUUUUUGUUCGAAAAACUUAUAAUGAAAUAUAAUGUAGACUUAAAACCCCCAACUUUAUUUUUUUUUGAAGAUAUUUGUUGCGACAAUUCGAAAGAUUCCGAAAUUGGCUCCGCGCAACUCUUCACCGAAUCGCAAUCGCAAUUCGCGACUCAAUUCUCUGGCCAGUUUGUCUUCUCGUCGUCGAAACCGCCAAACAAAUCUCUCUCGUCAUUUAUUCAACACUUUUGGAGCCGAUUCUCAUGUAUCUACACGGAAGAUAUAAAAUCAUCGAAACCAGUGCUCUUAUCUAUAUUUUGGGUCCAGUUUGUGAGACAGUUAUCGAAAAUAUUCCCGAAAAGAAUCCAUUUUGUGAUGAGAGUGAUGUGGAAUUUGAGGGAUUCUUACCCGAAGUGAAUGCUGAUGAAGAUUUAGAUGAAAAUUAUGAAGAAGAAGAUGUUGUUGUAUCUUCCGCACCUUCUUCGCCAAUUCCAGAAGAAGAAUUCGAAUUUGAAAGAGGUCUUCAAUUCUCAGCGAUUAAUGGAUCGGAAUCUAGCGAUGAUGAGUUUGAUCUACAUCAUGCUCCAAAAGUAAGCUCAUAAAUCAACCCUAUUUCUUAUACAUAAUAAUAAUUUUUCCAGAAAACCGAAAAAGUGCUGCGAAAACGUCGGCCAGCUGCAAAUGUCGCCCAAGCUGAUGACGAGUAUGAAAUUUUGCAAUAA